AUGGCCAUCGACGACGGAACAAACGUUACGACCAAGCUAUUGACGCUUUUGAACGUCUCUGCAACAAAAGUGGGCAAGAGGAAGCGCCCGGUUGAAGAAGUUGUACCAUCAGAAAAAUUGAACAAGCGAAAGACAAUAUCGUUCUCGGACAAGGUCGAUGUGCAGUAUCUCGAAUCGACAAAACCACCAAAGGAAUCGAAAAAGACAAAAGAGAAGGCUGCGGAUGAGGACGAGGAAAACGAUGCUGAAGAGGUUGUAGAGAAGGAGGACGAAGAGACCGAAGAGGCCGGUACAGACCUGUACGAAGUGCACUUCGGCCCUUCUUCAAGCGUGAUUUCAGAGCAAAAGAGGGCCGCUGUCGACCAAAAGUCGUGGAAGACCUCGAAGGAAACAGUUGGGAAACUGGGGCCUGCCAUUGUCUCCACACCCAAUGUCGAAGAGGGUACCUCCUCCGACGUCCUCGUCAAACCAGACACAGCUUCUGGAACGGCUAAGGACACCAUUCAAAAAGCGACAAGCAAAACUCAAUCGCAGCUGGCUCACGAGCUCACUCAAGAUCAGGUCGAGCUGCAGAAUGACCUUAUCUCUGCACUAUCCACUCGCAAAGACGUCUAUCUAUCAUCCUCACCGCUUGAAUCUCGUCAAUCUACCAGAGAAGCAAUCGCACUUCACGCACUCAACCACAUCUCAAAAAAACGUCGCCGGGUGCUCAAAAACAACGAACGGUUGUUUCACCACGCCAAAACCAACCCCGAAGCACCACCUCCAGAAGACGUGCAAGACCAAGGAUUCACGCGCCCUUCGGUCUUGAUCCUUCUCCCCUUCCGCAACUCUGCUCUCGACUGGUUCCACGCUAUCACUUCACACACACCCUCGCCCGACUUCCAAAUCGAAAACCAGUCGAGGUUCUUGACGGAAUACGGUCUUCCUCCUGGCGUGGUCGAUAAACUGACCUCAGCGGACCCUGGAACGUACCCGGUAGACCAUGUGGAAACUUUCAAGGGCAACGUCGACGAUAACUUUAGGAUUGGUGUCAAAAUGACGAGGAAGAGCGUCAAGUUGUUUACCGAGUUUUACGGUUGUGACUUGAUCCUCGCGAGCCCUCUGGGCCUGCGUAGGUCGAUAGAGAAGGAAAAGAACGCGGACUACUUGACUUCGAUAGAAGUUCUCGUCAUCGACCAACUGGAUUCACUGACGAUGCAGAAUUGGGAACAUGUGAAGUUCGUAAUGUCCCACCUCAACAAACUUCCCAAAGAAUCCCAUGACACCGACUUCUCUCGUAUCAAACCCUGGUACCUCGAUGGCCUAGCUGCUUAUCUGAGGCAAACCGUUCUUAUCUCUGCGUUUGAGACGUCUGAGAUUCGCGCACUCUACAACAACGACCUGAAGAAUGUCGCUGGUAAACUCAGGACUGAUAAACGGUGGACUCCCAUCCAUAUCCCUGCUGGACUUGACAAUAGCUUCAGCUAUUUCGAAUGCACGAGUCCCCAAGACGAAGCUGAGAAACGAUUCCAACAUUUCACCACUCAGUUCCUCCCCUCAAUCAUGAAAUCAGCAGUCCAAAGCACAAACACAAUCAUCUUCAUCCCCUCCUCCUUCGACUUCAUCAGAGUGCACAACCACUUCCGCAAAAACUCGAGCUCCUCCUUCACCAUCCUCUCCGAGUACUCCUCCAACGCCGACAUCUCCCGCGCCCGACUCGCCUUCUUCAAGGGGGAGAAAUCCUUCCUCCUCAUCAGCGAGCGCUUCCACUUUUACAAGCGAUACAAGAUUAGAGGGAUUAGGAAUAUCAUUUUCUAUGGACCACCGGAGCAUCCGCAGUAUUUCACAGAGUUUUUGUCGUAUCCUUUCUUGGAUGAGGGAGUGGAACCGUCGGAUGUGACGUGUAGGGUUUUGUUUUCAAAGUAUGAUUGGUUUAGGUUGGAGAGGAUUGCGGGGACGGAGGCGGCUGCGGAGUUAAUUAAGAGUUCGUAG